AUGGCGAAACGAGUAAAGAGAGAUCUGAAGCAGUCUGAGGAAGCCAUCGAUUCAUCUGUACCAUCUUCUGAUUCAAAAUCAUCGCCUCCAUCAAAGAAAUCCAAGACCUCUCCUGCCGCCGCCGCAGCUGAUGAUGACGCCCGAUUUAUCGGAAAGCCAGUUCCGGCUGAUCAAGCUAGAGCAAAAUGGCCUCAUCGUUACGAAUCCAAGAACAAAGUGAAGGUUAUAGCUUCUUCAAACGGUGAAUUGGAUGGCAAGGAGAUCAUUCAAGCUAAGUGUCACUAUACCAAAGCUGUUGUUGAUGGCAUUGCUUUUGAUCUUAACGAUGAUGCAUUUGUCAAAGCUGAAGAAGGGAAGCCAGAUUUUAUUGCCAGGAUUGUGGAGAUGUUUGAAACUGUUGAUAGAGAAUUGUAUUGUUCAGCUCAAUGGUUUUUUAGAGCAGAAGAUACUGUAAUUAAAAGCCAAGCUCAUCUUAUUGACAAGAGACGAGUGUUUUAUUCUGAUAUGAAAGAUGACAAUCCCCUAGAUAGCAUUGUGUCAAAAGUCAAAAUUGUUCAACUUUCUCCAAAUGUUGACUUGGCUGAAAAAGAGAAGGCACUCUCAUCAUUUGAUCUUUACUAUGAUAUGAAAUAUUCGAUGCCAGUUACAUUCACGACACUACACACAGAAAAGAGCAUCACAGAGAGCGAUGAGUCAUCAGUAAUUUCAGGCGAUGCUAGCUCAGAUGGUGUAGUAGAGAAAAGCAAUAAAAAAGCAAAAUCAACUGAAGUUAAAGAAUGUGUAGAGUCUCAGAUGACGCUAUUGGAUUUGUAUUCCGGUUGUGGUGCUAUGUCUACUGGUCUUUGUCAUGGCACAAAUAUGUCUGGUGUGAAACUUGUUACAAAAUGGGCAGUUGACAUCAAUAAGCAUGCAUGUGAAAGUUUAAAGUUGAACCAUACUGAAACUGAGGUGAGAAAUGAAGCAGCUGAAGACUUUUUAUCUUUGCUGAAAGAGUGGAAAAAUCUUUGUAAAGAGUUCUGUUUGUUGGGGUCACAACAUGCCGAAGAUACAAGUAUAAAAUCUGAAGAAUCAGAUUCUCAGGAGAAAGAAGGCAAUCCUGAUCCUUCUGAUGGUGAAUUUGAAGUAGGAAAAUUGCUAGCUGUUUGUUAUGGUGAUCCAAACAAAGUCAACAAUAAAAAACUCCAUUUCAAGGUGCGAUGGAAGGGCUAUGGUCCUAGCUACGACACUUGGGAGCCGUUUGAUGGUUUGAGCAAUUGUACGGAUGCUAUGAAGGAAUUUGUAAGCAGAGGAUACCAAUCAAGGAUAUUACCUCUUCCUGGUGAUGUUGACUUCAUUUGUGGAGGUCCUCCGUGUCAAGGAAUCAGUGGUCACAAUCGUUUUAGAAACUACACUGAUCCUCUAAAAGAUCCAAAGAAUCAUCAGCUUGUAGUUUACAUGGAUAUCAUCGAGUUUUUAAAACCAAAAUUUGUUUUGAUGGAGAAUGUAUGUGAUAUCGUCAAAUUUGCGGAUGGUAUUUUGGGAUAUCAUGCUGUAGGGCGUCUAGUUUCUAUGAAUUAUCAGACACGCAUGGGGAUAAUGGCUGCAGGAUCAUAUGGAGUUCCUCAAUGCCGAUUGAGAGUUUUUCUUUGGGGUGCUCAUACAAAAAUGAAUUUGCCUCAGUUCCCUUUGCCCACACAUGAGGUUGUCGGGAAAGGAGUUGUUCCACUUGAAUUCAAGGAUUGUAUUGUUGGGUCUGAUAACGACAAGUCAUACAAGUUAGAAAAGAGCAUAUUACUUGGGGAUGCUAUUUCAGACUUGCCUGAGGUUACAAACAACAAUGGCAAAGAUGAAAUGGAGUAUGCAGGGGCCCCACGCACAAGUUUUCAGAAAUACAUCAGAAUGAGAAAACAAGCUGUGGCGAAAGAUGCAUCAAAAAGAAAGAUGCUUUAUGAUCAUAGGCCGCUGGAACUGAAUGAGGAUGAUUAUGCUCGGGUUUGCCAAAUUCCAAAAAUAAAGGGAGCAAACUUUAGAAAUUUACCAGGGGUGAUGGUUGGUAAGAACAACAAAGUAGAAUGGGACCCUUCAGUUGAAAGAGUCAUGCUACCUUCAGGAAAACCUUUGGUUCCCAAUUACGCCAUGACAUUUGUUCGUGGAACUUCAAGAAAACCGUUUGGGCGCUUGAGCAUGGAUGAUAUCGUCACAACUGUAGUAGGUAGAGCCGAGCCACACAAUCAGGUGCUGCUUCAUCCUAACCAGGAUAGAGUACUUACUAUUCGUGAAAAUGCACGUCUACAAGGGUUUCCCGAUCACUAUAAACUUUCUGGGCCUGUUAAGGAAAGGUACUUGCAGAUUGGAAAUGCAGUUUCAUUUUCUGUGUCAACUGCAUUGGGGUAUACAUUAGCCAAGGCAGUCCAAGGGGUCUGCACCAGUAAACCAUUAACACUCCCCAUCAAAUUCCCUGAUUGUCUUGGACAAUCUACUGUAAAACAAGCUCCUCAAGAGUCUGAAUGAUAACAAGCUAAUUAAUAUUUCGCGACUUUUAAGUCGUUGAACCGUGUAACAUGAAAGAAAGUUUACGGGCCGACGAGUUCGGAUUCUGAUGAAGAGAGCUUUGUUGCACUUGGUUCACAUAUUGAUUGUGUGAUAUUUGUUAGAGUGUAAUUUAACAUUUGAUUCUUAUGUCAUUGUUUAGUAGGUUUAAUCAAUCGAAAAAUGAGUUUGGAGUAAGGUUUAGUUUGCUGGCU